UGAUCAGCUGUGUCCAAUCACAGCUGAUCACAUAGCACUGAUGAUCAGUGUAGCCCCAGCAGUGCCACCUGUCAGUGUCCAUCAGUGCCAGCUGUCAGUGCUCAUCCAUGUCACCUGCCAGUGCCCAUCAAUGCCACAUAUCCGUGCCCAUCUGAGCUGCCUUUCAGUGUCACCCAUCAAUGCCAGUCAGUGCCACCUAUCAGUGCUGCCAAUCAGUGCCCGUCAGUGCUGCCUAUCAGUGCCACCUAACAGUGCCCGUCAGUGCCAUAUGAGUGCUGCCUUUCAGUGCCCAUCAGUGAUACUUGUCAAUGCCCAUCAGUGCCACCUACCAGUGCCUCCUCAUCAGUGCCUCCUCAUCAAUGCCACCUACCAGUGCCUCCUCAUCAGUACCACCUAUCAGUGUCCAUCACUGCAGCCUCAUUAGCGCACAUCAGUG